AUGGAUACUUACAAUAAAUUGUUGAAAGAUACAUGUACUGAAAUUGAUUUAUUCCGAAUAUUUUCACUUUCUUCUGAAUUUAAACAAAUUCAUGUACGUGAAGAAGAAAAAUUGGAAUUACAAAAAUUGGCUGAAACAGUCCCAAUUCCAAUAAAAGAAUCGCUUGAUGAGCCUAGUGCUAAAGUUAAUGUGCUUUUACAGGCUUACAUUUCUCAACUUAAAUUGGAAGGAUUUGCUCUUCAAAGCGAUAUGGUAUUUAUCUCGCAAUCUGCUGGUCGUUUGUUUAGAGCACUUUUCGAAAUUGUUUUAUGGAGAGGAUGGGCACAACUUGCUUUGAAAAUUUUGGGAUUAUGUAAAAUGGUUAAUGCAAGACAAUGGCAAUCACUUAAUCCUUUACAUCAAUUCAAAAAAUUACCAACAGAAGUUGUUCGAACUUUAGAUAAAAAGAAUUUGCCAUUUGAUCGCCUUUAUGAUUUGGAUGUUCAUCAAUUGGGAGAAUUACUUCGUGUACCAAAAAUGGGAAAACCUUUAUAUAAAUUUAUUAGACAGAUUCCCAAAUUGGAUAUGACAACAUUAAUAUUGCCAAUAACGCGUUCUACACUUCGUGUUGAAUUAACAAUAACACCAGAUUUUCAAUGGGAUGAAAAAAUUCAUGGAAGUUCUGAAGGUUUUUGGAUAUUUGUUGAAGAUGUUAAUGGAGAAAUUAUAUUGCAUCAUGAAUAUUUUCUUCUUAAACAGGCCUUUGGGGUUGAGUGCUUUGGGGGAAUUGACCUUUGGUUUGGGAGAAAGCCUGAUAUGGGUCCCUCCAAAAAAUCUUCAGGGGAUGGGGUAACCUUAGAAUCGUCUGGGUUUCGUGGGAAGGUGUGUUCCUCUAGAUUAAACUUUUUUUUUAUUUUCAGAAAAUAUUGCACAGAAGAGCAUAUUGUCAAAAUGUUUGUUCCAGUUUUUGAUCCUCUCCCUCCCCUCUAUUUUAUUCGAAUUGUUUCUGAUCGUUGGUUAGGAAGUGAAACUGUUUUGCCUGUCUCUUUUCGUCAUUUAAUUUUGCCAGAAAAGUAUCCACCACCAACAGAAUUGUUAGAUUUGCAACCUUUACCAAUUUCUGCAUUAAAUAAUCCACAAUUUGAACAAAUAUUUGAAAAGCGAGGAAUUCAUUAUUUUAAUCCAAUUCAAACACAAGUUUUUCGUACAUGUUAUGAAACAAACGAAAAUGUUUUUAUUGGAGCACCAAAUGGUAGUGGAAAAAGUGUUUGUGCUGAAUUUGCAUUACUUCGUCAUUUUGAAAAUAAUCCAAAUGGAAAAGCUGUUUAUUGCACAAAUUUAUUUUGA